AUGCCCCAGUCUCCGCGUAUACCUCCACUGGCAGUAUCCGAUGUGAAGGAGAUGCAAGAAUGGGGCCCUAUCGAUUACUCUCGGUAUCAGCCUUACGUCGCUAUGGCUCAACGGAUCAAUGGAUGCUUGGAAAAGCUUGCCGAGGUCAAACUGGAGCUACAGCGGCACGAAUUCGCUCGACAGGCAGUUUAUGAGAUGAGAGGGAAGCUGUCACAAUCAACACGGCAGUCAUUAGAAGUUUCGUUCCUGGAUACAGCUCAUAUUGUUUUCACCACAUUGAGCAGUGCGGGUGUCGCUGCUUUGGAUGCGAGCGCUAGAUACGACGUGCUGGUCGUGGAUGAAGCAGCUCAAGCUGUUGAACUGUCUACUAUUAUUCCAAUGAAAUUUGGGAGCAAGCAGUGUGUGUUGGUUGGUGAUCCACAGCAGCUUUCAGCUACUGUUUUUUCCCGUAAUAGCGGUCAAUCGUUGUAUGAGCGGAGUUUAUUUGAGCGACUGGAAAGCUGUGAACAUCCCGUGCACAUGCUGCGAACGCAAUAUCGAAGUCACCCGGUGAUUUCAGACUUUCCACGAAACUACUUUUAUGGAGGCAGACUUCAAGACGGAGAGAAUGUGAAGGGUGGUGAGUACGUUAAGCCGUACCACAGUCUUGGCUCAGCAUUCAUGCCACUGGUAUUUUGGAACCUGCUCAGCAGUCGUGAAAAGUCAACAAAAUCAGUAUCACGCAUGAAUAUUGGAGAAGCUGAACUGGCAGUAAAUUUGUACCUUACUCUGAAGAAUUCCUGUCCUCCGGAUUCGAUCGCUGGGAAGGUCGGUAUGAUUACACCUUACAGUCAGCAAAUGGAGCAGCUAAAGAUUUGUUUCCGCCGCGCGCUUGGUAAUCGCUACGAACAAGAGGUUGAGAUCAAUACUGUUGAUGGCUUUCAAGGACGCGAGAAGGACAUUAUUAUACUGUCCACUGUCCGAGCCGACCCGAAAGCUGGCGUUGGUUUCCUGAACGAUAUUCGGCGAAUGAAUGUAGCGCUUACUCGAGCUAAGUUCGCGUGCUACGUAAUUGGCAAGGAGAAUACUUUGCGGUCCUCGAAACCAUGGGCAGCGCUAUUGGACCACGCGUACGAUCGGCACUGCAUUGUUCAUGUGGAAAACCCGCAGUGCAAUCUACUUACGCUGCAGCCAAUGGAACAAGCUGAAACGUCAAGGAGUCAUUCGUCAGGGGCACCAAGAAGUUCUCCAUAUCAACGUCGAGGGCCACCACAACAAUAUGAUUUGAGAAGAGAGAAACCACCUAAGUCUCAGUCGUCGGGCAAUAGUUGGCGAGGCAAAGGACGAGGAAAUGACGGACCACGCGGAGGGCGACGGCGCCGUAGCAACCGGGGACGGGAGCAAGGAGCACCAACGCCGCAAAGUACAAUGCAGCAAGGUGUGGUGGGACUGCAAUACCCAAGUCAACCUCCACCUGAUGGAUAUGAACAACCUCUACUCACGAAUAUGCCAACGCAACGUGGAGGUAAACCUUCCGCACUGGGUUCACCUCCACAAUCGGCUUCAAAGAACUUUGCUUCUCACGGCUCUGCUCCAGCCUUCAAUACCGCUUCAAUACAAGCAGACGUGGAAAUGCUAACCCUCGAGAUCCCCGACAACGCGCAGGAAGAGGGACGGGGCUUUCAGGCUUUGGAGGUUGAUCAUGAGGCCGGUGAUAGUCUUCGAUUCUGA